UUCCCUGGGCAUUUGGGGCAGUCUGGCCCCUGCACCCAUUCCCUGGACAGGCUGUUCUAGAGCUUUUGGUGGCUGGGGCACAGUGGGGAUGGUGCAGACUUGGCGGCUGAAGAAAUGACAACUCUGGGCAUUGACAGGAGCCAGAGACACAGGGCUAGUGCCCUGCCAGCCCUUUAUCCGUCUUGUUUACAUGUAACAGACUUUUUACAUGAGCGACAGGGUCCGGGCAAGAUGAAUGUAAUUGCCCCUGCAGCCAUAGCAUGCAAUGGAGGAGAAAUGCCCCUGGUGUAGCAGAGGUUCUUACAUUGACAAGGUGUGGAGGUGGGGCUCCUUCAUCUCCAUAAAUCCCGCGAUGACUUUGGAGUCCUGGCCAUAAAUCCGGAUCGCUGCUAAGGAGAUCCACCGGCUCUUAACUGAAAAAGAAGUUGUUUUUUGGGUUUCAUUCAAAAAAGGAGUUCUCUGGCCGCUUGUAGAAACCACUGCUGGUUAUGUGGUUGGAGCCGAUGGUGACCAGAAGAGGACUCCAAGCCUCUCGCUUUCACCAAAGAAGGGGGCAAAGCAUGAGGAAUGGCUUCAUGUAGUGGAAGCUGCUCUGUUGGGAGACUGUGACUUCUUCGUUUGGACUUUUCUUCUUGUUAAACAAAAUCCGGUGUGCUCCGUCCGCCAUGAAAGAAAAGGUCCCUAAAACCCGCUUUCAGAGUCUAUUCUGCCACCGGCGUUACCCUCUCACCGGCCAAUAAGCCGGAGCUGCUACGACUUCAUUUGGUUAGAAAGACUUAGAAAUACAAAUGUCUGAACUGUCUCUGUUUUUUGGGACGAGGAGAAGUCUGUUACGAGUGAUCGCAGGACAUAUGGCGUUCCUUAAUGGCCCACGGCUACUAGACUGGGCCAGCUCCCCGCCGCAUCUGCAGUUCAAUAAAUUUGUGUUAACGGGAUAUCGACCGGUGGCCAGUGGAGCGGAGUGUAUGAGGAGCCUUUUCUACCUGCACAAUGAGCUGGGCAACAUCUACACCCACGGGAUCCCGCUCUUGUGCUUCCUCUUCCUGCUCCCUCUUCAGAUUCCAUGGCGUCAGCUGUCGGUACCGUGGCUCGGCGUGGUGCAUUACUUGGCGUGUGUGAGCCCGCAGCUGGGCAGCGUCCUCUAUCAUCUCUUCAUGAACCAUCAUGGCGGAGCAGCGGUUUACCGGAAGCUUCUCACUCUCGACAUGUGCGGAAUCUGUCUGGUGAACACGUUAGGUGCCCUUCCGAUUAUCUACUGCACGCUCCUGUGCUACCCGGCCACGCGCAGCCUGGCGCUCCUGGCAUAUUCUGCCCUCUCCAGUUACGUGAUUUUCUGCGCCGUCAGCGCUCACAGCAACGUCAGCCGGCUGUGCUCCUUCACGUGGCAGGCUGCCUUCCGCUUCCUUUUCUUCUACCUACGAUGGGCAGGACUGGGAUCCGGUCACCCGUCGUCCCUGCGCUGCUACCUCCUGAUGGACUGCCUGGCUCUGCUCGGUGGGAUCAUCAACAUUUCCCGGCUCCCCGAGAGGCUGAGGCCGGGCAAGUUUGACUACUGGUGCAACAGCCACCAAAUAAUGCAUGUGCUAGUGGUGAUCAGCAUCCUGUACCUGCACUGGGGGGUGACCUCUGACCUCGCGUGGAUCGGAAGCUACUCCUGCCCCCUGGAGUGAGGUGGAGAGCCAUUUUCUCCUGGAUCAGGUUUAGGAUAGAUGAGCCGUAGAGCACUUUGUAGAUGCCUCCUGCCUCCGUGUCUAGCGGCUGGGAAGCCGCAUCACGAGGAUCCGCGAGGACAGAUUCUGCCGCCAAAGUGGGGGGUGUCAGGAUCCUCUGCGGGUUAUUAACAUAUCAGUAUUUACAGCCUCAGCCAUCACACUCCAUGUACAGACGGGCGCCACUGAGUCAUAUUGAAACACCGGUAUCACCCAGCAGCCCCUUCUCCCCAGCUGCGUUUAUUUUACACUGUAAGAUGGUUGGGGGAGGGGUGAGCAGAGCUGGCCCUUUGGGGAUAGAAAGGGUGUUAAUGGGGUAAGGGAGACCGGGUGCGAGGCAUGGCCUGUGGGGCACAGAUUAGUGAAUGUCUUUGUAAGAAAAACUUGAAUGUAUUAUUUAAAGGGGCCACUGGGCCCCAUACUUAUGUUUAAAGAAAGGUCAGAGCCCCCGCCCCAGCAUGUGCUCAGAAUGCCCGUUCUCGUGUGUAAGGAACGCGAACGCUUCCCGCCGGAGGAGGCGUCCGGUCCAUAAAGACGAUGCGUCGGAGCCCAGCCAGCCAAUCACACAGGGCUCUGCACGAGGCCAGUAUUAAUGCAAUAAUAAAGCCAGACGCGUUCCGCUACUGCA